AUUCACACUCCGCGCUGUCAUUUCUCCGCGUAACUGCGCCGUGAAAUCAUGGCUGAAUUUCACGCUGUUUGUGGUAUAAUUAUGUUUCUGGUAACACAAGCGUCCGCAGAAGUUGAUCCUGAACUGACAAUAGUCGUUGGUAGCUGGAAUCCAGGUCAAAUAUUUCAGAUCAAGUUAUCUUCAUCAACUGCCACACGUCAGCGUGUAGCUGUAAGCAGCCGCCCUGUCGCCAUUGACUACGAUCCUGUGGAGAACACAAUGUACUGGACGGAUGUCCUACUCAAGCAGAUCAGUGCGACUGAUCUCACCAAAGGCACUACUCAGCUCAUCCUGUCUUUGAAUGACAGUGCAGUUCCUGACGGCAUUUCUGUCGAUUCAUCUUCGAGAAAAAUAUUUUACACGGACGCUGGAAAUGACAUAAUUGCUGUCAUGGACAUGAAUGGAAGCAACCAUGACAUCAUCGUUACACAGGAACUCGACGAACCCAGGGACAUCGUUCUUCAUGAGGCAAACAGGACGAUGUACUGGACAGACCCGGCAACAGCUUCAUACAUAGCCACAGCAGAUUAUGACGGAAGAAACAUCAGAAAGAUAGUCACCACCGGUCUGGGGUGGCCAAAUGGGCUUACACUUGACAGGAACAAUGAAAUUCUGUACUGGUGUGACGCCAAGACACACAAGGUAGAGUCCGUCACUGUGGAGGGAACACAGAGAAGGGAAAUACUGAAUGAACCUGGGGCUCACUACUUCGGCAUCUCUUUCCAUGAUGGGACACUCUACUUCACGGACUGGAGGAGAUUAGCAAUACUCCACAUGCCCGCUACAGGAGGUACUCUUGGUGUCAUAGCAACGACUUUCUUGACACAGCUUGCUGGAAUCCAUGUUUUUUCUAACAGAAAUUCCUCAGGGUGUCUUUCGGGCCAAUACGGAAUGGACUGUAGACGGUGUGGUAACUGCAACGAAGGAACCGUCUGUGAGAAGACCACAGGCUUCUGUAUCGGUGGAUGUAAGCAUGGUUACCAGGGGAACGAGUGCAGACAAGUGUGUACGCCGGGAACCUACGGUGAAAGGUGUGUGUCGACGUGUGGCAACUGUACAGGACAAACGUGUAACCACGUCAAUGGUACCUGCCCAGAAGGGUGUGUCGCAGGACGACGAGGGCACGACUGUAAAACAGACUGUCCGACCAAUACCUACGGCACUGGGUGUUCUUCCUGUGGGUUGUGCGCUGGAGGCGUCCCUUGUAACACGGUGUCAGGUGUCUGUCCAGCUGGAUGUCAAUCAGGUUGGACCGGGAACAAGUGUGACAGAGCGUGUCUCCCUAAUACUUACGGUGUCUCCUGUGAGUCAUGUGGCCAGUGUGCUGCUGCUGUUCCUUGUGACAAAAGCUCUGGACUCUGUCCAGCUGGCUGUCAAGAUGGUUGGACAGGCUCCCUGUGUAAAACAAUGUGCAAUCAAGGCACAUACGGCACAGGAUGUACAUCGAUCUGCUCAAACUGCCGAACAGGAAGUGUCUGCAGUCACGAGACUGGUCAAUGUCCGGCUGGAUGUGAGCCAGGAUGGACUGGUUCUAAGUGUGACGAGGUGUGUAGCCAAGGUGCAUUCGGCUCAGGAUGCCUUUCUUUCUGUUCCAACUGCAAGACAGGAACUGUAUGUAAUCACGUGACUGGUCAGUGCCCGGAUGGCUGCCGACCUGGAUGGAGGGGAACUAAGUGUGAUGAGAAGUGCUAUCCGGGUACACAUGGACCUAUGUGUUCAUCGCUCUGCUCUAACUGCUAUACUGGUACCGUCAGUGUGUGCCAUCACGUGACUGGCCAAUGCCCAGAUGGAUGCCAACCUGGAUGGACCGGAGCCAGAUGUGAUGCUGCGUGCAGCAGCGGCACAUUCGGGACAACGUGUUCAUCCGUCUGCCACAACUGCAGGACGGGAAGCGUCUGCAAUCACGUGACGGGUCAGUGCCCUGAUGGGUGCAAACCGGGCUGGGUUGGAGCGAAGUGUGAUGAGGAUGAAAAGGGGGGAAAACCCAGUGACAGCAACAUUGCUGUAAUUGGAGGUUCCGUGGGUGGAGCUGCCCUGCUGUUCGUAAUUGUCAUCGUCGUCGUUGUUAUCGCAAUUGUGCUUGUCAGACGGAACAGACGUCCCCGAGUUAAUGAUACAGGACCGUACGACACAUUGCAAAUGGUCAACCAGCCCAUCUAUUCUGUGACAACAGAUCUGCCUCCACAAUAUGCCACCGUCGCAGACGUUCACACACUUGACUACAGUAGACUUGGACGACUGGGCAACGCCCCCCGUCAAGAUGAGGAUGAGGAUCACGUGUAUUCCCGACCGUUGUCAUUUAUUGUUAACGACGAAAGCACGCAGUGAUCGCGUCACACAUUAUACCAUAAGAUUAUACACGAUAUACGCUUGAUAGGUAUAUGUAAUAUCUGCACUGAAACAAUAAUAACACUUCUUUCUCCAGGUUAAAGAUACAGCCAAAAAUAUUGUUCAUUUGCGUAGUUUUGUCUUAGCCAAACUGAUAGAUACAUGGAAUAAAUAAUCUUAUACCAUAUCAGUACUGACAUUUAAUAAUUAGGAUGGGAAAAUCAUUUUUUUAAUCUCGCUGUUGUUUGGGCCCAUAGAGAUGACAAUCAUUGCAACAUCUGUCGUAAAUCUAUGGGUUCCACUUAAAUAACAGUAUCUUCACAAAACCUAGAUUGAAACACAUUCGAAUAAUACAUGUAUGGUAAGGACGAUAUGAAACGUAAAAACGAGAAAAGUAAUUAAGAAUUGUUAUUUUACUUUCAGUGUUAUGUAAAAAAUGCCUUGUCAUACUUAAUCUCCCAUCUUUACAUGCCCAUGAGCAUAUACGUGAUAAAACAAUUACUCCCAGUCUAUGUUUAUUCCCUUUUCAGUCCUUGCCGCCUAUAUUCAUCCCUUUCUCAUGGCCAGCAGUCUAUACACAUCCCCUACCCAUCGAUAGCAGCCUAUAACCAUCGCUUCCCAUCGCUAGCAGCCUAUAACCAUCGCUUCCCAUCGCUAGCAGCCUAUAACCAUCGCCUCCUCAUCGCUAGCAGCCUAUACUCAUCCCCUUCCAUCGCUAGCAGCCUAUAACCAUCGCCUCCCAUUCGCUAGCAGAAUAAACUCAUCCCCUUCCCAUCGCUAGCAUCCUAUAACCAUCGCCUUCCCAUCGCUAGCAGCCUAUACGCAUCCCUUCUCAUGGCUAGCAGCCUAUACUCAUCAUGCAAGUUGUCCCAAUUCCCAUCCCAUAAUGAAUAUAUUGAAACGUAUAAUAAGUACAUUACAGAUGCCCUCCAUGCAUCUACUGCAGUAAGUAUCCCAUCAACGAAGUUUAAACCCUACCUCAAACCCUACUGGAAAAAAGACAACCUGAAGUUAUUACAUGAUGAAAUGCGCAGUAAAAGACGACAUUGGCAAGAGAAUGGCAGGUCACAUGCUAAGAACGAUGAGAACUUUGUUAAAUAUAAAGAAGCAAAGCGUAGUUUUAGAAGACAGCAUCGUAGAUCCAAACAAUCGCUCAUAGAUAGCAGACUGAAAGAACUCUAUGAGGCAGCUGAAAUAGAUGUACAUGAAUACUUUAAAACUGCAAAA